AUGGAAGAGUUUGAAUCAUUUUUUACAAACUUAAUUACACCACCUGAACAAGAUAUACUCUAUUUGUCUCAGAAUCAACAACCACAACAACAUCUCAAUCAACAACAACAACAACAACAACAAACUCAACAACAAUACAAUCCAUGGCCAAUCCAACAUAGUUUAAAUUCACCAGUUUCAAACUUCAACAACAAUGGAACUAGCCCAUCUGACAAUCUGCAACAUAAACAACAUAAUCAAUUCAUAAAGUUGCAACAAGAGUAUCUUCAACAACAACAUCAACAACAACCAUCACAACCUCAUCUUCAACAACAACAACAACAACAACAUUACUCUAGUAAUAAUAACAUACAACUACCAUCCAUACCAUCAUAUAUUGAAUCAAACUCUACUGUUCCUCAAUAUGCUCAACAACAACCAUUACAAUCCAAGGCAUCACUUGCCAAGAACAACAAGCAAUCCAAUAAUGCCAAAAACAACAACAUAUCUACAACAUCAUCAUCAUCAUCGGGAGAUAGUGGAUCAUUCAAUUCAUUCGAGAAGGAGUUUGGUCUUGAUGAUAUGGAUGAGGCAAAGUUCUCCACCAGCAGAGUGAAUCAGAAUAUUGCCAGUCGAAACUACCGUCAAAGGAAGAAGGAGUACAUCAAGGAGAUCGAGACAAAGAUGGCUGCUCUAACAAUGGAGAACAAUCAACUAAAGAGAGAGAAUGAAGUACUAAAGGAGUCUGGUGGAGUUGAUUUCAUGAGACCUGAACCUGAAUUGAUAUCAAUGAUCAUGGAGGGCAAGCAAAUCAUUAUCCAAAUGAAUGAAGCUAUCAAGAAGAAUGACGAGAGAACUCUGGCCUACUUAUUACAUCUCUUCCAUGGUGCAAUUGCCAAGAGACAUCAGAUUAUUGAGAGAGAAGUCGACAAGAUGGUACAUCCCUAUACACAGUCCAAGUUGGCUUCGAUGGGCUACGUUCCAAAGAGUGAUCGACCUCUGUGGAAUGUUGUUGGACCGGCUAGCGAGGGUUGGUACUCGAUCUUUAAGAGAGAGGCCAACCUUUCAGACCUUCAGAGUCAGAAGCUGGAAGCAUUAAGGAGGGAGCAUGAUAGACAGGACCAAGUACUUCGUUUGGAGAGAGAUCAGUUGGAUCAACAGAUCAAGAAGUUCUUCUUCACCAAGAUCCUUGUGUUGCCCAACAAUCCAGAUGUUGACUCGCCCAAUAGUACCAACCAGUCAUCACUGGACGACUACAACAUUGUCAACUCAUCACCACUUGAUAUCAAAGAGGUGAUGGAUUUUACACGAGUUCUUCAAGCCAUGAAGAAGAAUUUCAUUCAACAGAGAAUAAUCAUGAUCGACACUAUAUCGUCACUCAGCACUAUACUCACACCGAGACAAGAGUCAAUGUUGUUGGUACGCAUACACUUCAACACCACGUACGACCUUGCACAGAUGGAGCUACUCAAGGAUGUCUGGGCAAACACAGUCAACAACACAAGGACCAAGGGACCAAAGAACUUUGCUGAGGCUUUGGCCAAGUUCUCUGUCAAUGAGUCUGCCAAUGCCAAUCCAACUGUUGAGCAGAUUGUCAAACCUCCUCAAUUCCAUGAAUAUGUUCCAAACAGGUCAAAGAAGGAGAAGUCAUUGGUGGAUGGUGGUGGAUACAACGACGACCUCAACAUCAACAACAAAGACAAGAAAAAGAAGAAUGGCAGUAACAAAGACAAGGAGAAGAAGAACAACACCAACAAGUCAAGUUCUAAAUCGAAAAAGUCAACAUCCCCAACCACAACAACAACAACUUCUCCAACAGCGACAUCAAAAUUAUCCGAUCAAACCAACAAAGCAUCGCUGCCACUACCACCUCCAGAGAUAUUACCAUAUCCAGCCAACAAUGACAAGAAGUAUCAAUGGAUAGAAUACCAG